CUUCCACGCCUUACCACUGGUAGCCGCGACUACCUAUUCACCACGACGCCUGCCUGUCACGACUGCCUGCCACCCUACGCUUCUACUUCCUCCCGCACCCGCAACUCCCCUCCUCCUUAUUGCUUGCCUCUACCUCUGCUAUCUCAACUGACACGCGCAUGCAGCCAACCUCGCCAUGAUACUCCGGUUUGUCAGUAGAGAGGGCCGGUUCCGGCUCAACGUCGAGCCCACCACGCCAUUUCCCGACAUUAUCCCCCAGGUCGCGGAGAAGCUGCCUUCACACAUCGAUAUUUCGAGCCUCACCGUCAGCAAUAAGCCGCAUGGGGGAGAUGCACGGAAACUGAGCUCCCUCCGCGGGGUGACGUUCAAGCAAGUCGGUUUGACACACGGCGCAGAGCUGUUCCUCGACUUCCAAGAGCAGUCCACGAUAUCGAAUGGCCACUCUGCAGCUCCAACGAACGCCGUCCGCCUUAAUGGUAAACCGGUCGACCCCUCAGAAGCUCCGUCCGUCCCCAUCGGCUCGCCCACCCAGCUGAUAAAGAACCCUUGGGAGGUGGUCAAGCAGUCGCCGCUCGAUGACAGAUUAGACAAGCUCGAUGGCAAGAUCCCGCGGAAGCUGGACCAGAAGAUGUGCAGGCAUGGACCCAAGGGCAUGUGCGACUACUGCAUGCCGCUGGAGCCAUACGAUUCAGGGUACCUGGCCGACAAAAAGAUCAAACAUCUAUCGUUCCAUUCGUAUCUGAGGAAGAUCAACCAGGGAAAGAACAAGCCGGAGAGUGGGAGCUCGUACAUGCCGCCGUUGAGCGAGCCGUAUUUCCGGGUGCGGCCGGAUUGCCCCUCAGGCCACAAGCCGUUUCCGGAGGGUAUCUGCACGAAGUGCCAGCCUAGCGCGAUCUCACUUCAGCAGCAAGAUUUCCGCAUGGUUGACCACGUCGAGUUUGCUUCAACAGGCGUCGUUGAUGACCUCAUCAACUUCUGGAGGAUAACGGGCUGUCAGCGGCUAGCCUUCUUAUACGGCAGAUACGACGAGUAUACCGAGGUGCCACUGGGAACGAAAGCUGUCGUAGAGGCCGUUUAUGAGCCGCCACAAGUCAACGAGAUGGAUGGGAUAUCAUUAGGAGAUUGGGAGAACGAGAAGGAAAUCGAGGAGCUUGCCCGUCAAUGCGGUCUUCAGAGGGUCGGCGUCAUCUUCACAGAUCUUGUCGAUUCUGGGGUAGGAGACGGGUCCGUCAUCUGCAAACGACACGUCGACUCCUACUUCCUAUCCUCGCUAGAGAUUGUCUUCGCCGCGAGAUACCAGGCGAAGUAUCCUCGGCCGACAAAAUGGAGCGAGACCGGCAAGUUCGGAUCGAACUUCGUCACCUGCGUGGUCAGUGGCGACGAGAAGGGUCAGAUCGGAAUCUCUUCGUACCAAGCGUCAAAUGCUGCUGUCGAGAUGGUCAAAGCCGACAUUAUUGAGCCAUCAGCAGAACCCUCGGUCAUGCUUGUACAGACAGAGGACGACAACGAGGCCCUCAACCGAGCCAGAUACAUUCCAGAAGUCUUCUAUCGGCAUAUCAACGAGUAUGGGGCCAAUGUGCAGGAGAAUGCGAAACCCGCUUUUCCAGUCGACUACCUCUUGGUCACUCUGACGCACGGUUUCCCGAACCAGCCAAAUCCUCUAUUCACAGGCCCGAAGUUCCCGAUCGAGAACCGAGAAGCUAUGGGAGAGGUGCAAGAAAUAUCGGCGCUAUCGAAAGCGCUCAAUGCACGCGCGAACGGGGUGGCUCUCAACACCACAAGCGGGCUCAAUGCCGUUUCGAACUUCCAUCUCCUAUGCUUCAUCCACAGCUUGGGGAUCCUGGCAAAGGACGAAGAGAUCCUCCUCUGCAAAGUCGCAACCGACCACGACCUCUCGGACGGCAUGCAGUUGCAACACACAGGCGGCUGGGCAACGCUGUUGACGAUCCUGAAAGAAUCUGGUGAGCGCCCCCCAAAACGUUCUUACAACUCUUCUACUCCAAGCUCAGCCAGGGGGGUUGCUCACCAAGAGCAUCACCUGCGCCGGCAGCCCUCCUUCGGCUCCGACAACUCCGAUUCAGUACAGUUGGCUAAGAGGGUGAAGGGGGUUAGCUUGAAAGGAAAGUAGCAUUUUCCUCAGAGUAGCUCGCCUCUUUAGGUUCGACUUCGACCGAAGCCCCGAAAAGCAUGUCUUUUAGCCGCUCUUGACUUUAGAAGUCCUCCGC